ACCCAAUCAAACCCGACCCGGAGACCCGCCCGAAUUGUAAAAGGUUGGGUUACCCUUCCAACCCGGGCAACCAGCCCCAGUUGCAGGUUCAUCCUUCAGAGAGGAUCAGAGCGACUUGCAAAUCGACUUAUUGCUCAUAUCCUCCCCCAUUGUUACAGUUCAGUCUCUUCUUCUUCGUCGUCGUCGUCAUCGUCGGAGCUUUGUUUCCUUCUUCUUUCUCGCUCUUAAUUUGUGAUCUGGUUUCUUUCAAAAUCCCGAUUUCACGGAUCCCUACAGGAAUUGAGAUCCUCUCCGUCGCCGAGCUUUGUUUCCGGUCAAGAUCCUGUGAAAUCAGUGUAUACUGAGACCCACCCUUCUCCAUCGCCGGAAUCCUCGGCAUUGCCGCCAUAGCAAUGGUCUAGAGACGAUCAGCAAUUAUCAAUUCGGAAAAACGAUUUUACAUUGUCAUCGAAUCUUCAGUGGCGGAUCGAUCUGGAUUUGCCAACCACUUGCACAGAACAAUCAAUAUGACUUAUUUUGCAAGCAACGAAGAGGGUCAGUUUUAUGAUAUGAGCAAUGAUGAUGCUCAGAAAGCGGUUUUCGAUUUGGGUGCAUUUGUUGGGGACUUGACUGUUGAGGAGGAUGCAAGCAGCACUGAUGAUAUUUCGUUAGAAGGACUGCAACAAGAAUUGGAAGAAUGUAAACACGAUGAUGUAGUUGCGAACAUAUUGUCUAAAGGCACAAAAUUUCGGGAGCAUACAAAGGGGGUUGAGAACAAUAUACGACAAGUUGAAUUGGAAUCGAUCCAGGACUAUAUUAAAGAAAGUGAUAAUCUAGUAUCUCUUCAUGAUCAAAUUCGUGAUUGUGACAGCAUUUUGUCACAGAUGGAAACUCUUCUGAGUGGAUUUCAGUCAGAGAUUGGUUCAAUAAGUUCAGACAUCAAAAUUCUCCAGGAGAAGUCUAUGGACAUGGGUUUGAAGCUUAAGAAUCGCAAGGUGGCGGAAUCAAAAUUGGCUAAGUUUGUUGAAGACAUUAUAGUCCCACCAAGAAUGGUAGACAUAAUUGUUGAAGGCGAGGUGAAUGAUGAAUAUAUGAGAACUUUAGAGAUUCUUAGUAAGAAGCUGAAGUUUGUAGAAGUAGAUCUUAUGGUUAAAACUUCAAAAGCCCUAAAAGAUGUUCAGCCAGAGCUUGAAAAACUUCGACAGAAAGCAGUUUCCAAGGUGUUUGACUUCGUUGUUCAGAAGCUUUAUGCAUUGAGAAAACCUAAAACAAAUAUCCAGAUCCUUCAGCAGAAUGUUCUUUUGAAGUACAAGUAUGUUGUUUCCUUCCUGAAGGAACAUGGCAAGGAGGUAUAUAUUGAGGUUCGUGCAGCAUACAUUGACACAAUGAACAAGGUUCUCAGUGCACAUUUCCGUGCUUACAUUCAAGCACUUGAGAAACUACAGUUGGAUAUAGCAGCGUCUAGUGAUUUAAUUGGCGUUGAGACUAGGAACACUAGUCUCUUUUCAAGAGGAAGGGAACCACUGAAGAACCGGUCUGCUGUCUUUGCUCUUGGAGAGAGGAGAAAAGUUUUAAAGGAAAUUGAUGAACCUGCGUUGAUUCCACAUAUAGCUGAAGCCAGCUCCAUCAAGUAUCCAUACGAGGUCCUCUUCAGGAGCUUGCACAAGCUACUUAUGGAUACUGCUACUUCCGAGUAUCAUUUCUGUGAUGAUUUCUUUGGCGAACAAUCCGUAUUUUGUGAAAUUUUUGCAGGCCCAUUUUCUGUAAUUGACGAACACUUCAAUUCAAUACUUCCAAAUUGUUACGAUGCUAUUGGUGUAAUGCUAAUGAUUUGCAUAAUACAUCAGCACCAGCUCAUUAUGUCUAGGCGGCGUAUUCCAUGCUUGGAUUCAUACCUUGACAAGGUCAAUAUUGCCCUAUGGCCUCGCUUUAAGCUUGUGUUUGACCUGCAUCUAAACAGCAUGCGGAAUGCAAAUGUGAAGACAUUGUGGGAAGAUGAUGUUCAUCCUCACUAUGUCAUGAGGCGUUAUGCUGAAUUUACAGCUUCACUUAUCCACCUCAAUGUGGAAUAUGGAGAUGGGCAGCUUGAAUUAAAUUUGGAGCGAUUGAGAAUGGCUAUUGACGACUUACUUAUCAAGCUUGCUAAUUUAUUUCCAAAACCAAAGCUACAAACCGUGUUUCUGAUAAACAAUUAUGAUAUGACGAUUGCUGUUUUGAAGGAAGCUGAUCCAGAAGGUGGUAAAAUUCAAAUGCACUUCGAGGAACUUCUGAAAAGCAACACAGCAUUAUUUGUGGAAGAACUACUACUAGAGCAUUUUAGCGAUUUAAUCAAAUUUGUUAAAACCCGAGCUUCAGCGGAGGAUCCAAGUGCUAGUUCUGAGAAGCCUAUAACUGUUGCGGAGGUUGAGCCCCUCGUGAAGGACUUUGCAAGUAGAUGGAAAGCUGCAAUCGAACUGAUGCACAAAGAUGUCAUAACUUCUUUCAGCAACUUCCUGUGUGGUAUGGAGAUCUUGAGGGCGGCGUUGACUCAGCUGUUGCUAUAUUACACAAGGCUCUCAGAUUGCAUAAAGAGGAUUGUUGGUGGGUCUGCUCUCAACAAGGAUCUAGUGUCCAUAUCGUCAAUCAUGUACGAAAUUAGAAAAUACUCGAGGACCUUCUAGGUUGUUUCGGUUCAUAUGGGUUACCUGCCAAGAGAAGGCUUGAGAGAAAGGGUGAUUGCAUGCGUGCCAACGUUGGAGGCUUCCAACAGACACAGUUUGUGUAGUGAUUUUGUAGGUUUGCGUGAGAUCUGAAUUAUACACCAAACGAUUGAGCGCUGAAUGAGGCAGUGGUUCGGUUAGGUUCUUUUUUUAUACCUCAAUGAACGAGGACUUUUGGGUUUUCAAUGUGCUAUGCUUGCCUAUAACAAAUGCAAAGACCAUGUGCCCGUUACAUGAUUGAUUAAACUAAAAGGAAAUAGACUUGAAAUGUAAAGAUUGAAUUUGACGAAGAUCAUGAACAUUGAGGAC